ACCUCCCAUAUGCCACUUAGCAUCUCGUUCGGCAAAGUCUCCGUGCGGCUGUCGCUCUUUCAUUAUUUUUCUCCCUCUCUUAUCUCUCCUUCCGCGCUGAUAAGGUGUGGGACGAGCUCGGGAAAAGGCGCUCUCAUCCCUGGAUCGUGAUGAAGGCAUAGUCGAUGCGCGACGGCCACGGCGACGACGGCGACGACGACGACGGUACCGAUAUACUUUCCGCGCGAAUUUCCCGUGAUCAAGACGUGAAAGGAGACACGAGACAGUCGGGUAUACCUGUUGUCGUGAGUUGAGGGGGUUCGUUCGGCGCGAGAACGACAUCGACGGUUCCAUCUCAGCGAAUUUACCGAGGUAGAUCUUUCCUCGCGACGCACGUAGAUCCUUGCCGAUGGUAAUGACGAGAAGCGUCGUUUCCUGUUUGCUAGUGCUACUGUUCUCAUUGACGUCUUUGAGUGACGUUAACUCGUAUCCGUCGGAUUUUCUCGAGGACAGGGAUGACUUCGAACAACAGCUCGGAAACUUGUGGCCGUUCUUCGGUCAGCUGACGGAGGAAAACGACUACGCACCCCGACGAGACGAAGCCCUGCAGAAAAUACAAGAGAUUCUUGGCAUUCGGAGUCAAAGCGAGAAUCUGGCUCAUCGUAAAGUGCCGCCGCAAUUCAUGAUGGAGCUUUACAAUACCAUCGCAGACCCCAGCGGGGUCACGCGAGGCCGAAAUCCGUACAAUGCCAAGGUCGUUCGCAGCUUCAUUGAGCGGGAUAGCUCCCUAUCGCACUUCUUCUUCUUCAACAUCUCUGGUCUGGAGGUGAACGAGUCAGUGUUGGAGGCCGAGCUGCAUCUGUAUCGGAAGAAAAUACCUCUGAAGAACGUACGUCCGUUGACAUUUAUGCCGCCUUAUUAUCCGAUAAGGUUCUGCGUAUAUCAAGUCUUGGACGACCAAAGCCUCGACAUGCCGGAUCUUCAUAGAUUGAUCCAAAUUUAUUAUAUCGAUGCAAACGCUUCUGGUUGGCAGGUGUUCAACGUGAAGCAAGCCGUUCUUAGGUGGAUGAACGGAGAACCGAAUUUAGGUCUGCUAGUAACUGCGUCGACCUUAUUCAAAGACGGCGGCGAAGAGGUGGCGGUGGAGUUUUCACGUCGAAACGACUACCAUCACAACAAGCAGCCGAUAUUGGUGCUCUUUGACGACAAUAAGAGUGAUCGCAGCCAAUCCGGAGUAACAAACGUCGAACGUCGCUAUUACGUUUACGGCAACCAAGAGGACAUCGAAGAUGUCCAACAGGCGGAAGAUAUCGCUUAUGAGAAGGAUGCAAAAAAUCAGAAACUCGAUUUGGAAAACAACUACGACAGCGUAAAGCGUUACAGAAGACACAAACGACAACGGGGUCAGUUAGAGGAGGCACGACUGGAGAAUAGACGCGAACCGGAGUUAUUCAAGAGGCAGAAGAGAAGACGUGACGAAGAGGACAAAUCGGACGGCAGUCCUUCUCGUUACGACGGUCUUCCACGGGAACCCGGAACAUUGACGUUGGAAGUGACGAGCGGACGUCGUCGUCGCGAUACCGUGUCGUUGAAGAAACGCUCGCCCAAGAUCGUGUCGUCGAGAAAAACGAGGAUCCUCACGUCGAUGGACAUCUAUGAGAGAGCCACGUUCCGUGAGAGGCUUGGCCAAACGAUGCGCGACAGGUCGAUGAGGCGAUCGGUCGCGCGAGAACGUCGAUUGACACGAUCAACGACGAGCGAUCAAGGCGCAACGACUCCUGAACAGAACAGCACGAGCGGUGAGUGCACCAGACACGAGCUCUACGUAGAUUUCCGCGACAUCGGCCUAUCCUCCUCCAUCAUCGCGCCGGCUGGCUAUUCCGCUUAUCAAUGCAAGGGCGUCUGCGAGCCACCACUUCGGCAAGACCAACGGCCGACGAAUCAUGCGACGAUACAGGCGAUCGUGCACGAGAUGGGUCUAGUGAAGGGCGUCGAGAGACCCUGUUGUGUGCCGACUAAGCUGCUGAGCACCAGCAUCCUCUUCUAUGACGACAACGAAAACGUCGUGCUGAAGAUGUACGAGGACAUGAUCGCGGAUCGCUGCGGAUGCCGUUGACGAUUUUCUUUGGGAUCUGCCUCGGGACAGUUGCUGCUUUCCAACGAUUUUCCACGAGGCAGAAGAUGGUUAAGGAUUGAUGUAUUAUCGCGCGUGUCGGAAAAUCUACUGGGAACAGUCGCGGUAAUCGCGCUCAAUUAACCCCUUUCACGGCUAGUGUUUCGUUUCUGGAAUCAAAACUUCAAUCGCGAGUUAAUUUUAGCGGUACCCAAUCGUUUUCUCAGCAUCCAAUUUUCCCAGAAGCUAAAUUGUUGACAUGAUUUUUAUGUAAAAGCUAUCAUAAGAUUCCUCUAGAAUUCUUUGUAUUAUAAUUGCGCUCGUUAGUGGGUUAAUGGAAGAACGUUCUCUCAGUAUUUUGUCAUUCCCGGAGACCUAACCGACGAUGAUCCUUAAUCAAUACCGUGCGCAGCUACUUUGUACAUAAGAACAUUCCCAAGUGCGCGUAGUAUCACACGUAUUAACGAAUAUGUGUCUCUUAGUACCGUUAAGUCAUAGCGCCGUUAAAUUAUUGCUAUAAUCGUAAACGAGGGAUUAGUUGAAUUUCCAUCUGUGUAUAUAUGAUACGUGCGGCCAACGCGUUCUGCGUUGUCGCCGCGCCACAACUUAUUUAUAACCGACGACGAAACACAAAAGAAAUAAAUGAUAUUUAAGUGAUAGGA